AUGUCCCUCGCCGCGCCGUUCCUCGGCACGAUCGCGUCGGCGUCGUCGUCGCUCACGCCGCCGCCGGCGCGUCGCGUCGCCGCGUCGGCCGCGUCCGACGCGCCGUCGUCGUCGUCGUCGUCCGCGUCGUCGUCCACGUCGACCGCGUCGCCCUCCUCCUCCUCCUCCUCCGCGGACGGCGCGCGAACGCUCGGAUGGGGCAGACGCCGCGGCGCGAUCGCCCCGGACGACGCCCUCCUGAACGACCCGAGCACGCACGGGUACUGCGUGUACUCGCACGCGGACUGGUCGCACGCGUACGCGUCCGCGACGGGCGAACACGACGAACUCAUCGCGUCGUCGGCGAUAGAAGGGGCGAUCCCUCCCGAGCUCCUCGGCGGCGUGCUCUACCGCAACGGCCCGGGACUCUUCGAGCGCGGCGGGAAGGCGUACGCGCACAUGCUCGACGGCGACGGGUACGUGUGCCGGUUCGAAUUCCGCGACGACGGUUCGUGUGCCUUCAUCUCGCGGUUCGUGCGCACGGAGGAGUUCGAGGCGGAGGACGCGGAGAACGCGGUGACGUAUCGCGGGACGUUCGGGACCAUGCGCGACGGCGGGCCGCUGCGCAACGCGUUCGAUUUGCACCAGAAAAACCUCGCGAACACGAACGUACUCGCGUGGGGCGGGAGAGUAUACGCGAUGUACGAGGCUGGUCGACCCGUGGAGCUCGACCCCGCGACGCUGCGCGCGAAGGGCGAGAAGGAUCUCGACGGGAAGACUUCGCCCGGCGCAUCUCUCCGCCCACACCUCGCUUUCGAUACCCGCCCUCGACGCCUUUCAACUCCGCUUCUGACGCCUUUCAACUCCACCCCGACGUUCGCUCGUAUGGAACGACGCAUCGAAGCCGCGCCGCACGACUUCGCGGUGACGGCGUCGUGGUACGUCAUGAUCCAGAACUGCCUGCGCGUGGACCCGGGGCCGUAUUUGUUGGGGUUGAAAGGCGCGGGCGAGUGUUUGGUGUCCGAGCCGGAGAAGCCGGUCACCGUGCACUUGGUACCGAGGCCGCGCGGCGGCGGCGGCGAGGCGGCGGAGGACGAGAUGAAAAACCCCCGAGAGGCGGUGUCCGCGGCUGGUCCGACGGAGUCGUUCGAGAUUCACCCGUGGGCGUUUCCGAUCGCGACGGCGCUGAGCCCGGACUUCAACAACAUCCCGCGGACGUUACUUUGGCGUUACCAAAUAAACACAAUCACCGGGGACGUGAUACGAACCGUCGCGCCAGGCUGCGAUGACCUCUGCAUCGACCACCCGCACGUCAACCCUCUGUUCGAGGGCCGACGCGAGUGUCGCUACGUCUACGCGUCCGUGUCGAACGAGACGCGAUGCUCGGGACCCCCGCUGGGGUACGUCCGCGUCGACGUCGCGACGGGCGAGACGCAGACGUGGUGGGCGGGGAACCGGUGCUUCUGCGAGGAGGUCGUCGUCGUGCCGAAGCGGUCGCGUGCAUCGGGCGUGGGAUCAGACGCGGACGCGGACGCGCGAGAGGAGGAGUGCUGGGUUCUGGGCAUGGUCGCGGAUCACGAUCCGGAGAACGGCGCGCGCGGGAAGAGUUCUCUUUUGAUUUUGGACGGCGCCGACGUGAGCAAAGGGCCCGUCGCGCGCGUGAGGCUGAACGAGCGCAUACCGCACGGGCUGCACGGCGCGUUCGUGGGGCGGGGGGGGACGUAG